AUGGCAAAUUGACAAGAAUAUUCCGUGAGGGAGAACACUUGCAAAUUGCAAUUAGCAAAAGCGAAACGAAAUCGAGGUGCGUUUCUCGCCGGAGAGGAAUGUGGUGCUAACCGUCAUAACUUAACUUAAACCCACACCACACCCCGCGUGGAACUCCUUUCCACGCAAGAAACCCAUUAAACGACGACGCUUUAAGGGUCUGUGUGCGGGUGCUACCAAUCACACUUUACCUGGAAAAGAAAAAAAAACGAGAAGAAGAAAAAGUCAGUGCAGCUCGCGAUUCCAAAUUCGCGACGCAACCGAUCUAUGAUCUAUCAUCUCUCCGAUCAGUGUCGGUGAUUCCACAUCGCGAGAGAGAGAUGUGGGUGUUUUACCUGAUCUCGCUGCCUCUUACGACGGGCAUGGUGCUUUUCACGCUUAGGUACUUCGCCGGCCCUCACGUGCCUCGCUACGUGCUCUUCACCGUCGGAUACACCUGGUUCUGUUCCCUCUCCAUCAUCAUCCUCGUCCCCGCAGACAUUUGGGCGACAAUGUCUUCUAACCAUGAGAAUGGAGGUAUUUCUUUCUUCUGGAGCUGGUCAUAUUGGAGUACGUUUUUGCUUACUUGGGCUGUGGUGCCCCUUAUUCAGGGUUUUGAAGAUGCUGGGGAUUUCACUGUAUCAGAAAGAUUAAAGACUAGUGUACAUGUUAACCUGAUCUUCUAUCUAAUUGUGGGAUCCAUUGGCCUUAUUGGACUCGUUCUCCUCAUUUUGACACACAAUAAGUGGAAGGGAAGUCUUUUGGGAUUUGCCAUGGCUUGCUCAAAUACUUUUGGACUUGUUACUGGUGCAUUUCUUCUUGGCUUUGGUUUAAGUGAAAUUCCUAAAAGCAUUUGGAGAAAUGCUGACUGGACUAUCCGCCAGAAAGUUCUUACACACAAAAUUUCCCAAAUGGCCGUCAAACUGGAUGAUGCUCACCAAGAACUUUCAAAUGCUAUUGUUGUAGCUCAAGCAACAUCCAAGCAGAUGUCCAAGCGGGAUCCUUUGAGACGUUAUAUGAAUGUCAUUGAUGAUAUGCUAUCUGAAAUGUUUAGGGAAGACCCUUCCUUCAAACCACAAGGUGGUCGAUUAGGGGAAAAUGAUAUGGAUUAUGACACAGAUGAGAAGUCAAUGGCAACACUAAGGCGUCAUCUUUGGGGAGCUCGUGAGGAGUAUUACAGAUAUAAAAGCGAAUAUAUGACUUAUGUAUUGGAGGCACUUGAAUUGGAAGAUACAAUAAAGAAUUAUGACCGCCGCAACUCAACUGGAUGGGAAUAUAAUUCAAGCAUUAGACCUGCUCGGACUGGCAAGUUGGGGUCCCUAUGUGAUACUUUAGAAUUUUUCUGGAAAUGCAUUUUAAGGAAACAAGUUGAGAAAGGCCUGGCUGUUAUACUCGGUAUCAUGUCUGUAGCAAUUCUUUUAGCUGAGGCAACUCUUCUGCCUAGCGUUGAUCUAUCGCUUUUUUCCAUUCUUAUAAAAUCUGUCGGAACACAGGAGGUCCUUGUGCAGGUGUUUGCUUUUGUUCCUCUUAUGUACAUGUGCAUCUGCACGUACUAUUCAUUGUUCAAAAUUGGAAUGUUGAUGUUUUACUCACUGACACCCAGACAGACUAGCUCAGUCAACUUGCUUAUGAUAUGCUCGAUGGUUGCUCGUUAUGCUCCUCCUAUCUCAUACAACUUUCUCAAUCUCAUUCGUCUUGGUUCUCAUAAAACAACUAUAUUUGAACAGAGAAUGGGUAACAUUGACAACGCAGUUCCUUUCUUUGGGGAUAAAUUUAACAAAAUCUAUCCACUUAUUAUGGUUAUAUACACCCUUUUGGUUGCAAGCAACUUCUUUGAUAAAGUAUUUGAUUUUCUGGGAAGUUGGAAGAGAUAUAUUUUCAAAACUGAAGCUGAAGAUAUGGAUGGUUUUGAUCCAUCAGGAUUAAUUAUUUUACAAAAAGAGCGGUCUUGGCUUGAGCAAGGAUGCAAAGUAGGGGAGCAAGUUGUUCCACUUGCAAGGAAUUUCAAUAAUAUUGAUAUUGAAUCGGGCACCAAUUUUAUGGAGAGGAAUGGUGUUGAAAUGAAGACAACUUCCAAUUUAAUUUCCGAUGAAACAAAUGGAAGUCCGUCAAAAACUUUGAAAGAAGACACAAGCAAAUAUGGCUCGAGCAGGGAAGCCCUCACCAAGAAGUAUGCUGCCAUUAGAGAGCCUGGUGGACCGACAUCUAAGUUGAAGUCAGAAGAGAAAAAAGUAGCAUCUGCUGAUUCCUUGUUGGACGAAGGCCAUACUAAUUCUAGAAAUUCAGCUGGAGUGCCAUCUUCAGCUUUGACUUCAACGUGGCAAUCGAUGAAGACGGGCUUUCAGAGUUUCAGGGCGAACAUGGGAGCUAAAAAGUUUUUACCCUUGCGACAAAUACAAGAAAACAAGGUCUCUCAUGAUUCAUCAUCUGAGUCUCUUGAUGAGAUAUUUCAAAGACUCAAACGACCAUCUUUAAACCAAUCUAUUUACAAUGACGACGACUAAGAUGGUGGCCCAUACUUACAAGUGAUAUCCAUAAUUUUGAAAGGACUUGCAAGUGUAAAAGCGUUCUAGGAUUGGGAAUGCGGGUCCAUAUUAUCAUGUACAGUAAUGGGAAAUUUUAAAUGUUGUACUUAGAAAAUGACAAUUAUACUUGAUUUCCCAUGCAGAUCAAAGAGGGAAAGAUAGUGUGCUAUACGGAAACUCCUAUACGUUGAAAAUUCAAUCUCACACAAAAGCUUGCUGAUCCUUAGAAAGAAUACUUCAAAUUGUACCAGUGGACGGUGUCAACCGAUGUUUAAAUGUUUUGUAUGGUUUUUAAUGCAUAAUUUCAUUUCAUAGAUGAUUACUUGGAUGGGAC